ACAAGAAGAAUCAUAGGAGCAGUUUCAUUUCGGGCUCACUUAACGUACAUUUUGCUUCUCUCAAAAAUUUGGCCUGAAUUUUUUUUUUUUUUUUUUUUUUUUUUUUUUUUUUUUUUUUUUUCAGUCCCAUAUUUGGCCAAUAAAUGCCCUGCAGAGGCGCUGGGCUUCGCGCCUGUGUUUCCCUCUCCAUCUCCGCCCGAAGCUCCACCAUCCACAUUAUUAGGCGUCCGUCCAUCCACCGUCCCAUCGAUUCGGAUAUUCCUCACAUCUUCCGGUCGCCGCGUCGUUUCAUUCAUUUUUCGCCUGGAGCUUCCCCGGAGCUGUGUCGAUUUCCACUUGGCAGCCUUCAAAGCAACGUCGAGAGAUAUCAGACACCGACUGUCGCACCUGAGUCCAGGGGAAACCCCCACCUCACUGGCUUGGACCCGCGGCGCUUGUUUGCAUUUCAACGCUCAACCAACGAUCCGCUUGAGGCUUACGAUCUCGUCAUUCUCGAGCAGACGGAUUGACAGCAACAGAUUGUACCGCUCGCUUUUCGGUUUCUAAUUUUGACCAUCGUUGUCCUUCCCUCCACCGUCGAUUCCCUGCCUCAACCCGAUCCCUCGUCCCGCAGUUGAUUCUUAG